AAACAUCGACGGACACAGCCGAUGAUUUUAUUAUAAAACGGACGGUCACUUUUGAGUCUAUCACAGUCUCUCGUCUGGUUUAGUGCAGUCAACACACAUCCAUCUCCGAAAUGGCUUUCCAGGUUUGCUUUUUGGUCGCGAGCAUGGCCACCAUCGCCAUGGCUCAGUACGGUAGCAGCUACGGCGCAGCUUCCUCCUCCUCCUCCUUCUCCUCAGGAGGCAGCAAGGGAUACUCAGCCCCCUCAUACUCUGCCCCCUCAUACUCAGCCCCCUCAUACUCUGCCCCCUCAUACUCCGCCCCAUCCUACUCCGCCCCCGCCUACCACGCUGAGCCCGCCUACCCCGACGCCCACCCCGCCUACAAGUUCGCCUACCACGUCAACGACCCCAAGACCUACGACAUCAAGAGCCAGGAGGAGACCCGCGAUGGACACGUCGUCAAGGGAGUCUACUCCCUCGUCGAACCUGACGGCAGCAAGCGUGUUGUCCACUACUCCGACGAAGGACACGGAUUCAACGCCGUCGUCACCAAAGAAGGCGGACACGCCGCCCCCAGCUACUCCGCCCCCAGCUACUCUGCCCCCAGCUACUCAGCCCCCAGCUACUCCGCCCCAGCUUACAAGAAGUAAGCCCCUCAGCCCGAUCCAUUUGUAAAUAGACCCCACAUCUCAUCGUCUCAUCAUCCAUUAUGUUGCAUAUUGUGACACUCGAUUCAUUUUUCAUGUGCCAAAAAUAAAAGUCAUUCCCCAUGAAA